AUGGCUAACUGGACACAUAUAUUCAAGAGUGUUUUGGAUGAGCACGAGGGUGCCUAUGUUUCUGCCAAAGGAAACAUGGCCAAGAGGGCUACAAUCCUGAAAACCAUCAAGGAUACUAUAGUUGAAACUGAUCGAGUGAAGGAUCCUUCUAUCAUGCUUUCAGACAAAAACUUUUGGAAGGAAGGUUAUAAACUCCCAUCUGGUCCAGGGAUUGUCACUGUAGACAUGGUCAGAGACAGAGAGGAUGACAAGCCUCUGGAUGCUGCAGCAUUCAAGACUGAAUUCUCACCUUUUGAUAUCGCUCAGAAGUUGGUUAAAGAAGAAAUUGGGGAGUAUGAUAAGAAGCAUCAUGACACCUCUGACCUGAGGUCCAUGGGGACAAGGACAAAGCUUGUCCGGUCCUGGUACAAGGCCCUCUCACCAGAUGUGCUUGAGGAGCUCAGACUUGUGGCUGAAAAGUGGAACGAGGAAGGUGCUCAUUCUGAUGUCAAAGACAGCUGGGAAUCCUGUCCCAGAAUGUCGAACAAGACUUUUACUCUCGCAUCUAAAAAAAAUAAAAAAUGGGCAGGAGAGUCUCAAGACCACCUUGCUGACUGGCUGACUGAAGCAGAGUACACUGCAAACAUAGCCCCUGAAGACCGAUCUAACAAGGAAGAUGAGAACUUGCCCAAUUUAACAGUGCAUGUCAACAAUGAGGGUUAUCCUUGCCUACCAACAGGGUUUGAAUCUCUUGUGCUCAAAAAUCAGCAGAAGGUUGUACAAAAGGUCUUUCAAAAGGCUUAUGCGGUCAAUGUAAGUCAAAAAUCAAGAAAGAAUCAAAAAUAUGUGGAAGUAUCAGAUGAUGAGGAUGAGGUACUGAAGAAGGUCCCCCAAGCCAAUUUUUCUUUGGAUGAAGAGAAAGACUUGGCAAUAGGUCUGAGUCACACCCUGUCUCUUUUCUAUUCCUGUCCGAAAUUCCAUAUGAGUGGUGAUACAGUCAGUUAUCUUCAGUCCCUCUCCACUCUCUCAUCAUACCAUCAUCUGUUGGCCACAGUUCAAAAGCUUGCCGAGACACAAACUACAGAUCCUAAGGGCAAAGCUAGGAAGCAACAUCUGCCUGGUUGGUUGUCUUUGACAUGGUCUGAGGAAUAUCUACCUCGGAUUAUGCACUGUGAUAUUCAGGCAUCCUUCACUGCUUUGAAGAAACUAGAGAACUAUAUUAUCAGAUCUCGAGGUUGGAGUAUGAUUGUUGUCCUUGUCCUUGGACUCUUCCUUCGUGAGUGUCGCCGUGCUCAGGAGUAUGAAGCCGAUGAGGCCAGAGAUGAUGUACCUGAAUAUUUGGGUGACUCCAUCCUUGGCAUUCAGGUAGGGGAGAAGAUUGAGGAGGCAAUUACUAGAAUUCAGGCGAAGGUGGAGGCAAUACUGCCAGAUGAUCAUGAGAAGCAGAUGUCAGUGAGUGAAGAAGUUCAUAUGAGAUGUCUGGAGAACAAAAGGCAGGUGAAAGAGAGGAGGGAGGUGGAGCAGACAAGGGUUGCUGCAGAGAAGAAAGCUGCUAAGGAGAAGAGGGCUGCUGAGAAGGCUCAAGUGGCUGAGGAGGCUUGUGUGGCUGAGGAGAAGAGAGUGGCUGAGGUGGCUCGCAUGACCAAGGAGAGGGCUGCCACAUUAAAGAAGGCAAGUGGUACUAAAGCUGGAGGAAAAGAAAAGGGUAAGCGACCAGCAACAGAUGUGAAUGAUUAA